GCGCCCUCAAGUGAUGAUAAGACCAAUCACCAAAGAAAAGCGAAAAGUCAAGCUCGGCCACACCUAUACACUUAAUGCACUCUCCACUGAACGCUUUAUUACAUGCUUAGCAUCUUAUAUCAAAGAUAUGAUUCGCAUGCAUAUUUAUAUAUAUAAAAAUGUAACGAUAGACUUCCUACGUAGGUGACCAAACACUGGCUAGACGAGGAACGUUCUCAACCUUGUUUGCUCUUGGGUUGUACUUUGUACCACUCCAGUUUUGCUGUCUUGCAGCCAAACCUAUUUACAUACAAUCAUGUCCGAUUUUGGAAAAACGGAAAAGGUUGAGCUGUACGUCCCGGACUUGGAGGAACUGCGUGCUGUGUUAAAAAAGGGGCUGGAUGAUAACUUUGCCGAAGUUAAUGUGAGUGUUGCGGAAUGUCCCGAUCUCACAGAGAAGCCGUUCUACUUUCCUGUGAAAGGUUUGUGUGGAAGUCCUCGAGUCACAGAUGUGGGAGGAGUGCCUUACCUGGUACCUGUGGCUCAAAAGCACAAGGAAUAUGACAUGAAUGCCAUAGCAAAGGAGCUGGAGCUUCCUGGUGCGUUCAUGCUUGGUGCAGGAGCUGUUUCUUCUCGAGUUGUGGGGAUGAAUGCAGAGCUGAUCCCUCUGGUUCUAACUGAAGCUGAAGGAAGGCCUGCAGUGAACAGCAGCUACCUGUCCUGCAUCGAUGCAGUGGAUGGCCAGUGUCUGCAACAAAAAUACAGCCAGAAAUUCUCCGACUGUAACUUUGGACUGCUGGGGAAUCUUUAUGCUUGUGAGGGGAGGCCGGGAAAGGUCAUCGAGGUACAUGCCAAGAAGAGAACAGGAGAAUACAGUAUCGUGACGGCCUUGAGAAAGACUCUGGAAGUUGAGUACCCUGAUAAAAGCCUUGCUCUGGGGGGCAGCUUUAUCAUGCAGAAGGGGAAAGCAAAAAUCCACAUCAUGCCGAGAGAGUUCUCUGUCUGUCCGCUGGACACCAAUGAAGAGGUCAACAACUGGCUGAAACACUUUGAGGUGAACGCCCCACUCAUCUGCCAGUCCGUUCUUGUAUCCACAGACCCUGGACUGGACCUACGUGUGGAGCACACCCACUGCUUCAGCCACCAUGGAGAAGGUGGCCACUACUACAUAGACACCACACCUGACAGUGUAGAAUACCUGGGCUACUUCAUGCCUGCAGAGUUCAUCUACCGCAUCGACAGACCCAAAGGGACACAUGCAGUAGGAAGAGAUUGAAAACAUCAAAUAAACCAGGCUGCAAAGAAACUCUGCUGCCACUUCAUGAUGAAAUACAGCACCACACAAAGAGCAGCAAACAGUCAAAUAAACUGUCUACCGCAAUAUUAACAUAAUGAAUGGUCUCAAUACUUCAGGUGGAUGACGAUGUUAGUUCGAGUGGUAUGUUUACUUUCACACGUAUUUUUAGUAGGGACGACAAAAAUAGCACGUCAACGGCAGUAAAUAAUUAAAUUAUUUGACGCUCUUUUAUAACUUUAUUGUGACCUGCUCACACCAACAGCAGUGCAAUCCAUCACCCGGCGUGUCUAGUCACUUCCUCAUCCGAAGGACACUUCCUUAUUGUCACGAAAACGACCGCCAGAUGCAUCCAUGGACACUCGGAGCAUCACAACAACGUCCUCAUUAUGUGUGUAUGUGUGGUCUAAAUAAACAAAUACAAAAGUAAGUGCAUAUUCUUGUCACUCACUUAGUAAAUCU